GUUUUCAAAUUAAACUAAUAUAUAUAUAUAUAUAUAUAAGAAUAAGAAUACAAGAUAGGGUAGCAAUAGCAUUAAAUUAGAACUUGCAAUAUCCUGGUUCUUGGUUUAUAACUUUCAAAAAAGGGUUCACAAAGAAAAGAAGGAAAAAGGAAGAAGAUGCCUUGCCUUUACAUCUCCACCAAUGUUAACUUAGAUGGAAUUAACUUGGAUCCAAUCUUUUCUGAAGCAACAUCUGCUAUUUCCACAAUCAUAGGAAAACCUGAAAAGUUUGUGAUGGUAAUAUUGAAGGGGUCAGUGGCAAUAACAUUUGAGGGAAACAAAGAACCAGCUGCAUAUGCUGAAAUUGUUUCAAUGGGAGGCAUAAACAAAGAAGUGAAGAAGAAGCUUAUUGCUACCAUUGGCACCAUUUUGCAAUCAAAGUUAUCCAUACCAAGAACAAGGUUUUUCCUCAAAGUCUUUGACACAACAGCAUUUAGGAGUAACUCCAAAAUGUGAUUAUGUUGUCUUAAUUAAUAUUAUUAAUAAUGACACUCUUUUAUUAUAUGUUAUUUCCAAAUUAUUCUCAUUAAAUUUUUUUAUCGUCAAUAACAAAAAUAGAGACUAAUUUGGAAAAAUCACAUAAUAUAAUAUAAGUGAUAAUAUAUAUUAAAUUUGAGAUUAGCAACAUAACAAGCUAGUAAGCCUCAAGAUUGUUUAUCCCUGAUCUUUCAUUAUUAUUAUUAAUCAAUUUUAAGUUUUAAUGGGUGUACUA